UUCGUCACUAAAAAACGUGAGCCUGCUAAGUGCUAACGGUCAUCUCUUUUAAGUCUUUAACAAACCGAACGCCUCUCAGUUUCAGUUUUCAAUGCCACUUGCACUCUCUGUUUCCUUUUUUUGAGCCAAAAAAGGCUAAGCAUUUUCGAAAGUGAGGUGAUAAUGGGGAAGAUCAUAGCGUGCUUUCAGCUAAAAAAUGGGAAUUCUAAGGCUUGGACUCCAUCUUCGUUAAGCAAUGGACUCGUUCGGAGCUUAGGUUACCGUAAACUUCCUCAACAGCUACUCAAUCUCUCCGUACUCAAAUUGGAUGGCUCUUCAUUCGUUAUCCAUAUAGCAAGGAAUGCUACAGUAGCUGACCUUAAACAAGCAGUUGAGGAAGCUUUCAAUUUCUCGCGGGAGGAUGAAGGAAAGAUUCUCUGGUCACUAGUAUGGAGCCACUUCUGUUUGUGCUUUGGAAGUCAAAAACUGGUGUAUGACAAAGCUUUUAUUUACUGUUUUGGUAUCAAAGAUGGUGAUCAGAUUCAAUUUGCACAGCAUGUCACACUGGAGUACAGGCCAGCUAAACAAAAACAUGAUUGCCAAUAUGACCAGUCCAAACAAUGCUCCAUUUCAAAUGCUCAUGAAGUGAAUACUGAAGACAAUCCCAACGUUGACCAGCAAGAGAAAAGCGAAAUGAAGAUUGAAGAUAAUGCCAACAUUGACCAGCAAGAGAAAAGCAAAGAGAUUGAUGAUUUUCAAGACGAGGAUUCAAUUCCUAAACCAAAAUUCAAGCUGUCCCAUUUUUUAAGAGGAUGGUUAUAUCAAUCAAAGUCUUGGAAAUCGACAAGAAAGCUUUAGCCUUACCUAGAUUUGCCUCGACUUUGCUAACUGGUGCGUCUGUAGGACUUUGAAUCACUAACUAGGGCUGAGAAACUGGUCAGGUCAAGUGAAAUGGUGCCUAACUGCUUGUACUGCUGUAUAUGUUUUCGAAUAUGAUGAUCUUUAGUUAUAUUCUUAUUUCUGUAUUGAAUGGGUUGUCAAUCUGAAGUUGUUAAUGCUAGCUUUGGAUGCUUAUUCAAGUUACUCCUAAUCUCUUCACUGCAGAUGAUAGAAGCUAGCUUGUUCAUCGAAAUAUCAAAUAUAGAAAUAUAAUUGGACUGUUACAGUUUGUGAUCCGUUUA